AUGCGACUUGCUUUAGUUGCUUCCAUUAUUCUUGCUUCAACUAUAAUACGCAAAACAAAAGGACAACAGAGGCACAAAUCGAUCAUUUCUUCAAAACUUUUUGGUCGGAAGGAGGACAUCUAUUCCCUCCUAAAAACUCAAAAGUCGAGUAUACAUGAAAGGGCAAUACGUCUAUAUACAGAAAGAUCAUCAAAAAUGGCUUCCUAUGGAGGGACAACACAAAAGUGUAAGGCUUGUGAAAAGACUGUUUACUUGGUGGAUGAACUCACUGUUGAUAAUAAAGUUUAUCACAGAGCUUGUUUCAGAUGUCACCAUUGCAAAAGCACCCUCAAGUUAAGUAAUUACAGCUCUUUUGAAGGAGUAUUAUACUGUCAACCUCAUUUUGAUCAGCUCUUCAAAUUGACUGGCAGUUUGGAUAAGAGUUUUGAAGGUACCCCCAAAACUGUUAGAGUUGAUAGAUCUUCUGAUCAGGGGCAAUCUAACAGUAAAGUAUCGAGUAUGUUUGGUGGAACACAAGACAAAUGUGUUUCUUGCAAGAAAACCGUCUACCCUAUUGAAAAGGUGGGUGUUGAUGGAAAUGCAUACCACAAGGCCUGUUUCAAGUGUAGCUAUGGAGGGUGUCAUAUAAGUCCAUCAAACUACGUGGCUCAUGAGCAUCAGCUUUAUUGCAAGCAUCACCAUGCACAGCUUUUCAUGGCAAAGGGAAAUUUCAGCCAAUUUGACAAGCAACAUGAACCAAAUCAUGGAGUGCCCAAUGGGGUGACUGAGAACACAACCGAAGUUUGAUGAUCUGAGAUUAAAUUCAAGAUCGGGUUUCUGAAUGUUAAAUUAUAUUUUGAGCAGAGUUUUUAAAGUUUAUGUUUUUUCUUAUGUUGUUCAAAGAAGAUUAUUUACAAGAUUUGAACUUUUUGAGUUUUGACUGCGUGUGUUGAGUGAAUAACUUGUCAUUACUGAAUAAAGUUGUUGUGGGGUUGUAAGGAUGUGUGGUUCUUGACUUCUUGUGAUUAUUUGAGGCUUUUGAUUGGUUUUU